AUGUCGUCUAAGAAAGUCGCGUUAAUCACUGGGGGAGGAUCUGGUAUUGGUCUUUACACGUCAAGGCAGCUUAGCAAGGAUGGUUGGAAUGUCUCAAUCGCUGAUGUGAACGAGAAAACAGGCAACGCUGCUGCUGAUGAAAUUGGCGGUAUUUUUACACAGGUAGAUGUUACUAGCUACCAAUCCCAGGCCAAAGCGUUCGAGCGUACAUGGGAGAAGUGGGGGCGUAUUGACUUUGUGUUUGCAAAUGCUGGAAUCCUCGAUGUUGCAGACUUUUACGCAAUAUCAGCUACGAUUCCCCCUCCAGAACCCAAUUUAUUGACCAGCAAGGUCUGCGUGGAUGGUUGUAUCUACAGUGCUCACCUGGCAAUGCACUACUUUCGUCAGAACCCGGUCAAGGAGUGCAGCUUGAUAAUGACCAGCUCUGCUUCUGCCUUGUACGAGGCAGCGAUUCUACCAAUCUACUGUGCGGCAAAGUAUGCAGUGAUUGGGCUUACUCGUAGCCUGGGGAAGGAACUGAAGAAGGAGAAUAUUCGUGUGAACGCAAUUCUUCCCGGCGCUGUACCAACAAAUAUUGGUCUGCCAGUGAAAUUGGUAGAGCUGGGAAUUACCCCCACGCUCCCGGAGGACAAGAUCACUAAACCAGAGCAUAUCGUGGGUGCAGUAUUAGAGCUCUUGAACGACCCCGAGGCCUAUGCUGUAACUCUAGAGGUUAGUGCAGCAAAGCGCUACCGUCGUCAGAAGCCUGAAUAUCCGGACGAGACCAUGGCAUUCCUCAUGGGCGAAAAGGAAUCGUGGGCUAAGCACUAA